CUCUCUCUCUGUCUCACUCGAAACUGUGGUGUUGUCUGGGGACUCUCUGCAGGGCUGCAAUUUAAUUUGUUGGUUUCAGAAGUGUCUCUUCUGCUUGAUUCCUAACCCUCCCAUAGAAGAGGAAACGGGAUUUCUUCCCUGUUUUGCGAUCUCCGAAGCGUUAUGAGCGGUGCGAAACGCUGAUCUUUCCGGAGAUCAGUGCUCCCAUCUUAAGCUAGCUACAAAGCUUGGUUCUUUGCAUACCGGAAAACGCCAUGGCCGGCAGCGACGAAAUCAACGCCAGUGAAUCAAAGAAGGUGGUUCCGCUCAAUACAUGGAUUCUCAUCUCCAAUUUCAAGCUCGCUUACAACAUGCUCCGCCGCCCGGACGGCACGUUCAACCGGGAUUUGGCGGAGUUUCUGGAACGGAAAGUGGCGGCGAACACGAUUCCGGUCGACGGGGUUUACUCUUUCGACGUUGUGGAUCGGGCCACGAGCCUGCUCAACCGAGUUUACCGGCCGGCGCCGGAGAAGGAGUCGGAUUGGGGGAAAGUGGAGCUGGAGAAGCCUCUGAGCACCACGGAGGUUAUCCCCGUCAUCAUCUUCUUCCACGGCGGGAGCUUCACUCACUCCUCCGCCAACAGCGCCAUCUACGACACGUUCUGCCGCCGCCUCGUCAAGAUUUGCGGCGCGGUGGUGGUUUCCGUGAACUACCGCCGCUCCCCGGAGCAUAGGUACCCCUGCGCGUAUGACGACGGGUGGGCCGCCCUGAAAUGGGUGCAUUCCCGGCCGUGGCUGAGGAGCGGCGAAGAUGGGAAUUCCAAAGUCCAUGUUUUCUUGGCCGGAGACAGCUCCGGCGGGAACAUAGCCCACCACGUGGCAGUCCGGGCAGCGGAGUCCGAUGAUGUUGAGGUCCUAGGAAACAUCCUGCUUCAUCCCAUGUUUGGUGGGCAGAAGAGGACCGAAUCAGAAACAAAACUGGACGGCAAAUACUUUGUCACAGUCCAAGACAGGGAUUGGUACUGGAGAGCCUAUUUGCCAGAAGGGGAAGAUAGAGACCACCCAGCAUGUAACAUAUUUGGCCCAAGAGGAACAACCUUAAACGGACUAAACUUCCCCAAAAGCCUCGUCGUCGUGGCGGGGUUCGAUCUAUCCCAGGACUGGCAAUUAGCUUAUGUUCAAGGCCUUCAAGAAUCUGGGCAGGAGGUUAAACUCCUGUUCCUCGAACAGGCGACAAUCGGGUUCUAUUUCCUGCCUAAUAACAACCAUUUCAUCUGCCUAAUGGACGAGAUAACCAACUUCAUCCACCAUCUCUAACUCUUCAUACCUCACUUAACCCCGCUAUAUAUACAUCUCCUGCUAAUAUAUAUAUAUAUAUAUAUAUGUUCUGGACUUCUGGUGUGUCUGCCGGUUAUCCGAGGAUCAUGUUUGGAUCUUCUUUUGGCUGCAAACUUCAUCAACUUCACUUUGGUAUGUACCUCUGAGUUUUAGGCUAUUUUUGUUUUUUGGUAUUUUGGCAGAAGCAUUAUCCAGUUUUGAGAUUUGCUGGUGAAAUUAAGGAGGAAGUAGUAGUAGUAGUAGUACUACCAUGUAAGUGGUUUCUCUGCUUGGUGCCAUCCAGCAUUAUCUGGUUUGAUGCCAGAAAUCUAAUUUUAGAAUAUGGAUUUUGGGAAAAUCCAUGAUGUUGUGAAGAACUGAAGAUCAUAUAUAUAUAUAUAUGUAAUGUGUAUACUUGUGUAUUAGAAAUAUAUAGUCUAUUUUGCUUA